UCCCCCUGGUCACCUUGGUGAGUUCGGAUGGUCUCCAAAAGCCGCCCGCCUCAGGCGGCUCUGCUCUCGCCCAGCCCUGCACAGGUUUGGGGACGAGGCCAACACCCCAUGAGUGUUUGGCUCUCCGCCUCCUGUUCGCUCCUGCCCCUUAUCCCGUCAAAGUCAAAGGACUUCGGGGCCAGAAGUCCGGGAAGCCGCCAUCAUCUGGCUGCCUGGUUAGGGUCUAGCAGUGCGUUAUCGGUGUCUGGAGUUUUAAUGACUGGAAUGUGGCGGUGGUGCAGCAUAAGCGAUUCCUAAACUGGAGAGUAUAGUAUAUAACCUCUUUUAAAAAGCCCCUUUUAGCUCUGAAAAGUGUGACGCUAACUGCAGGGUCUGGGUGGAGAAUAUAAAGCCCCAGCAAAGACCUGGCCGGCACCUCCCACUCAGAAUGUAAGGCGGGGAGGGAGUGGGUCGGUUUUGCGUAAAUGGCGCGACCGGCACUGAGCUAGACCUGCAGAAGCCUCGCCGCAAUCAGGCAGGGCCGGCCAUCUGGGUCCUUCCUGGCUUUCAUGCUCUGAACAUUUUCAUCCGCUAGAACUCGGCGUACACGCCCCCUCUGCUGCAAAGGCAGUUUCGGUUUCUGACGACAGCAGUUUCUCAUCGGCCACUCAUUACCAAGAAAAAAUUUGCCCAAUAAAAUAAGUCCCUAGAGAAACGCUCGGCCGGGGCUGGAAAUUCCAGGAGGAAGAGUCGGAUUGUCACUCCUUACGUAUUUGGAGGGGACUCCCGUUCCCAGACACUUGAGGACAGGGAAGUGCUGGUGAUGGGUUUAGACAGAGGGCUGUCCUCGUUCCGAAAAGGUCGCCAGGGACUUGGACCGAGAGCCUGGAGCCUGUGAAGUGACUUGGAAACCAUGGAAGUAUCCGAAAAAGAGGAAAUCAGUGUUGAAGAUGAAGCUGUGGAUAAAAACAUUUUCAAAAACUGCAGCAAGAUUGCUUUCUACAGGCGCCAGAAACAGCAGCUCUCCAAGAAGUCCACCUAUCAGGCAUUACUAGACUCAGUCACAACAGGCAAAGACAGCACCAGGUUCCGAAUCAUAAAUGAAGCAACUAAGAACUGAUCAUCACUGGGUUAACCUAUGGAAAUUAAUCUCAUAUGUCUGUGCCCAGGUUCCUCUUUUGGCUGAAGUUUUUGGUAUAGAGGGAAAUAUUUUCAGGCUUAAAAUCAAUGAAGAAACUCCCCUGAAGCCCAGGUAUGAAGUCCCAGAUGUCAUCACAAGCAAACCAAGUACUGUAAGGCUGAUUUCAUGCUCAGGAGAUACAGGCAAUCUCAUAUUAGCAGAUGAAAAAGGAGAUCUAAAGUGUCAUAUCACAGCUAACCCAUUCAAAGUAGACUUGGUGUCUAAAGAAGAGGUUGUGAUGAGCAUAAACUCCCUGGGCCAAUUGUAUUUUGAGCAUCUGCAGAUUCCUCUCGAGCAAAGAGCUACCAGAGAAAAGGAGAAUGCAUCAAUUGACACCUCUCAGAAAAAUCAAGAGGAUCUAGGCCUAUGGGAGGAGAAAUUUGGAAAAUUUGUGGAUGUCAAAGUUAAUGGUCCUGCCUCCAUUGGUUUGGAUUUCUCCUUGCAUGGAUUUGAGCAUCUCUAUGGGAUCCCACAACAUGCAGAAUCACACCAACUUAAAAAUACUGGUGGUGAGGAUGCUUACCGUCUUUAUAACCUGGAUGUCUAUGAAUAUGAAAUACAUAACAAAAUGGGCAUUUAUGGUUCAGUGCCUUAUCUCUUGGCCCACAAACUGGGUAGGACUUUAGGCAUUUUUUGGCUGAAUUCUUCAGAAACUCUAGUGGAAAUCAAUACAGAGCCUGCAGUCAAGAUGGGCCCAGUUGAUGCUAAACAAAAGAGCAAAUCUCGAACUGAUGUGCAUUGGAUGUCAGAGAGUGGAAUCAUUGAUGUUUUUCUGCUGACAGGGCCUACACCUUUUGAUGUCUUCAAGCAGUACUCAUCUCUUACAGGCACACAAGCCAUGCCCCCUCUCUUCUCCUUGGGGUACCACCAGUGCCGCUGGAACUAUGAAGAUGAGCAGGAUGUAAAAGCAGUGGAUGCAGGAUUUGACACACAUGACAUUCCUUAUGAUGUCAUGUGGCUGGACAUAGAGCACACCGAGGGCAAAAGGUACUUCACCUGGGACGAGAAAAAGUUCCCCAACCCCAAAAGGAUGCAGGAGCUGCUCCGAAACAAAAAACGCAAGCUUGUGGUCAUCAGUGACCCGCAUAUCAAGAUUGAUCCUGACUACUCAGUGUACGCUAUGGCCAAAGAACAGGGCUACUUUGUGAGGAAUCAUGAAGGGGGAGACUUUGAAGGGAUAUGUUGGCCAGGUCUCUCCUCUUACCUGGAUUUCACCAACCCCAAGGUCAGAGAGUGGUAUUCAGGUCUUUUUGCUUUUUCUGUUUAUCAGGGAUCUACUGACAUCCUCUACAUAUGUAAUGACAUGAAUGAACCCUCGGUCUUUAGAGGGCCAGAGCAAACCAUGCAGAAGAAUGCCAUUCAUCAUGGCAACUGGGAGCACAGAGAACUUCACAACAUCUAUGGCUUUUAUCAGCAAAAGGCUACUGCAGAAGGACUGAUACAACGAUCUGGGGGAAAGAAGAGACCCUUUGUUCUUACACGUUCUUUCUUUGCUGGAUCACAAAAGUAUGGUGCUGUGUGGACAGGUGACAAUGGAGCAAAAUGGAGUUACCUGAAAAUUUCGAUCCCUAUGUUACUCACUCUCAGCGUUACUGGGAUCUCUUUUUGUGGAGCUGAUGUUGGCGGCUUCGUGGGGGAUCCAGAGGCGGAGCUGCUAGUGCGUUGGUACCAGGCCGGAGCCUACCAGCCCUUCUUUCGUGGCCAUUCCACCAUAAACAGCAAGCGACGGGAACCCUGGCUCUUUGGGAAGAAACACACCCAGCUCAUCAGAGAAGCCAUCAGAGAGCGUUACACCCUCCUGCCCUAUUGGUAUUGUCUGUUCUACUGUGCACAUGUGACUGCCGAACCCAUCAUGAGGCCUCUGUGGGUAGAGUUCCCUGAUGAAUUAGAGACUUUUGGUGUGGAAGAUGAAUACAUGCUGGGAAGUGCUUUAUUGGUUCAUCCAGUCACAGAGCCAAAAGCUACUGUGGUUGAUGUGUUUCUUCCAGGAUCAAAUGAGGUCUGGUAUGACUCUAAGACAUUUGCUUCUUGGGAAGGAGCAUGUACUGUGAAGAUCCCAGUAGCCUUGGACACUAUACCAGUGUUUCAACGAGGUGGAAGUGUAGUGCCUAUAAAGACAACUAUAGGAAAAUCCACAGGCUGGAUGACUGAUUCCCCAUAUGGACUCCGGGUGGCUCUAAGCACUAAGGGUUCUGCGGUGGGUGAAUUGUAUCUCGAUGAUGGCCAUUCUUUCCAGUACCUCCAAAAGCAGCAAUUCUUACACAGGAAGUUUUGUUUCUGUUCAGGUGUUUUGAGCAACAGUUGUGCUGAUGAGAGGGGUCAUUAUACCAGCAAGUGUGUGGUGGAGCAGAUCUUUGUCCUAGGCCUCGAGAAGCAGCCAUCUUCUGUGACCACCCACUCAUCUGAUGGUAAAGAUCAGCCUGUGGCUUUUACAUAUUGUGCCAGAACAUCCACCCUGAGCCUGGAGAACCUCUCGCUGAACAUUGGCACUGACUGGGAGGUCCACAUUAAGUGACAGAGAAGUGCAUCUGGUGACGAGUACAGGGAGCAGCCGGCACCCUUCAGCCUCUCCCUUGGCCUUUUUUGAGAUUUGUGCUACACAUUAAUUGGCUCAAAAAAAAAUCCUUCAUUAGUCAUCAGUUUACUAAUGAACAAUAGAUUUUAGGUUUUACAUUUUUAGAUGUAUUAUUAAUACUCCUGUGUCAAAACACCACCUCUUCUCCUAGAUGCAAGGAGCCCUGAGACGUUUAUAG